AUGGGCUCACGGGUUCUCCUUCUGCUCGUGUGCGCGGCGGCUCUUGCGGCAACCGCCCUGGCACACGACACAGCAAUCUGCACCCUCGCCUCGGUUCUUGUGGGGGCUAACGAGAUUCCCAAGAACGACACCCAGGCUGCGAAGAACGCCGUCGGAGACAUGCGCGGCGUGGGUUACAUGCGUCUCGCGAUAUACAAGGAUCACGAGUACGAGCCUAAGUGGAUGAAGUUCCAGGUGACUGUGCGUCGCCUCAAGGGAGAGAUGCCGCCCACCAAGACGCACGUGCACGUGGGAAAGAAGGGGAAGAACGGCGAAGUCCUGCUGGACCUGCCGUGCGAGUACGCGAACAAGGGCAAGGAACUCUGGAAGUGCGAGGGAAACCUGGGCAAGAAUAAGAGCGACCGCACGGAGGCCCUCGAGGCAGCUCUGACCAAGAUUGAGAAGAGCCCUGCUGACUACUACGGAAACAUUCACACCAAGCGCUACCCUGACGGUGCUGUUCGUGGCCAGCUGCGCAAGGCGUCGUAG